UUCGUUCUUGAGCCUUGAUAUCGCUCGAAGUCUUCCCUUAGAAAGUUAUGGCUUUCCGUAUUACAGAAGUUACAAAAACGGUGGACAUUCUCAAGAUGCUGUAUUGGUGAAGGAUAUUGGUAUAUCCUGUACAUUAUUAAACGAGAAUAUGUCGUCCCAUAAUUUCCCUAAAGACGUCAUUGUAGAAAGUUAUCUUGUUAAACGUUUGAAAACGGAGUACAACGAUUUAACGGAAAUAACAAAAAAGAUUAGUUCUUAUACGAACGACAUAAUACGUAAUCUGAUAUUGAGAGAUCGAAAGAAGAAAGAACAAAUAAAAUCAUGCGAGCAUAAAGUUUUAACCAAGGGGGAAAUUAAUGAAGGUUGUUUAAAAUUAAGAUUAAAAAAUGAUGCUGAAGUUCGUUGUUUGUAUCGAAAGGACGUAUUUGAUUCGUCGAAUAAACGUAAGAAUUUCAAAUCGACGAGUCGACUUUCGAAGGAACGGAAAAAAAUUCAAGGCAAAUUAUCCUCGAGUAAUAUUUCAAAUUUUGAAACAAAAAGAAAUUCCUCGAACUCGGAUAGUUCCUCCAUAGUUUACGAUUAUUUAAUGAUGAACAAUAAAAGAAGAAUCCAGAGAGAAAGAGAAUUGAUCGACAAGGAAACGAAACGAGAUUUUUUUCAAAAUGUCGACGUAAUUCAAUGCGGGAAGGAAAAUAUCGAAACUCACGAAUCGAUGAAUCUGACAAAUUGGAAAGAUAUAUCAAGAGGAAAGUUGAAAAAGAAGAAAUCUGUUUCAAAAAUGUCGAGACACACGAUACCGAAUGAAAAAGUCAAACGAAGAAAUCGAAAAGAUUAUCGUUUAGGAUUAGAAGAGAAAUUUGAUGAUGAUUCCACGAUUAUGUUUGCCAAUGGACUUUUACAAGAUGCCAAUUUUCAUACGGUUAAUAUAAGAAUCAUAAACCAUGAACAAUAUUGAUUAGAAAUUGUAGUUAUAAGUAUUAUGUAUAUUAAUGAUAUUAUUCGAUAUUGUAUAAAUACAUGGAUA